AAUGGCUAUAAAUAAGUUAACAGUUCGCCAUCGAUAACGCAACAGUGAGGUUCACGUAAAUCGAAAUACGAAUCCGCAAAGUUUCAAUUACAAUCGACUUCAAAAUGAUGGUACAAAAAUCGUAAUUGCUGCACAAAUUCGUUAUAAAUUUAAUUGUCGAAAAGAAUGGUUAAAAAAACGCAGUGGAUUUUACUGUUCACAACGUUUGUGAUCUCGAUAUGUUCAUUAAUUUUCGUACUAGUGGCAUUUUCUGUAGAUAAAUGGAUACAAGCUGAGGCUAAGAGCAGCGAGGCAAUUUAUGAAAACAGUCAGAUUCACUAUGGCUUAUUUUCGGGGUACCUGACCCGAUUUAUCUUCGCUACCUCACCAACUUACCAUAAGUUAACAAUUACUUGUCUUUACGAGGAAAAUGCAUGCAUUUACAGUUGUCAAACGUCUAAAGACCUUCGUGAAGAUGAAUUAAGGCGUCUUUUAGCUGGAACUGGAUUAUAUUCAUGUCCGACUGUCCCUCGAAAUUUCGAAAUUAAAACCGAAACGGCAAGCUAUUACACACCAACAAAUGACAGUCUUUCUCUAACGUUACAACGCCAAAAUGAGCUCAAUGUUGCAGAUGAAGUUAUCGAUCCGGGUCUAUGGUUAACCACAAUCAUUUUCUUGUCGGUGGCAGCUAUGUUCUCAUUAAUUUCAGCUGUUAUGGCUUUAGUUAAUAUCGUAUUCAAUCCGGUUGAGCCUGUUUUAAGUGUUUUCGGUCUAUACAUUUGGAAUGGAGUUGCAUCUGGAUGUACAUUGAUGACCAUAAUUUUGUGGGGGGCUUUAUUCGGAAGUUCCUUAACUCAAAAUAUUGCAGUCACCGAUACCUUAGCAUCCGAAUUUACAUACAGCUCAGAUGGCUUGGCCCGGUUAGGCUUUUGUUACUGGCUACUCUUGAUACCGAUGGUAUUUCAUGCAUCAAAUAUUGGGGUACUGUACUGGCGUAAGCGAAUAAUCGAAGCAGAACCUCCACCACCGACUAUAACUGUUGACAAAUCCGAUCUAACUAUUAUGUUGUAUUAAAGUUUCGUUAAAUAAGAGGUACACGUGACAAAACACCAA